ACCCAUCCUACAAAAAGAAGAGUAAAGACCAAGGUAAAGCACAAGCAUGAUUAGGCGCAAUCUCCAACUAGAUCUCUUCAAACCUUAAACAGUAUUUCCUUCGUUCUACUUGUAUGGUUUUAUUUAUAGAAGAGGAAAGCAAAUUAAAUACUUUGAAGAAACCCUAUUCAUGGCUGGUAUACUUGAAGGCACGGUGCAGAACAUUUUAGAGCAGGAAACAUUGAAGUGGGUUUUUGUAGGGGGGAAAGGUGGAGUUGGGAAAACCACUUGCAGCUCCACCCUUGGUAUACUUCUCGCCCAGGUCCGAUCGUCCGUGCUCAUCAUUUCUACCGACCCCGCCCACAAUCUCAGCGAUGCUUUCCAGCAGCGUUUCACUAAGUUUCCCACCCUUGUCAAUGGUUUCUCCAAUUUGUAUGCAAUGGAAGUUGAUCCAAAUGUUGAGAAUGAAGACACAGUUGGGUCAGAUGGAAUGGAUGGAUUUUUGUCUGAAUUGGCCAAUUCUAUUCCUGGAAUUGACGAGGCUAUGAGUUUCGCCGAGAUGCUAAAAUUAGUGCAAACUAUGGAUUACUCUGUUAUAGUAUUUGAUACUGCUCCAACGGGUCACACACUCCGGUUAUUACAAUUUCCGUCAACUCUGGAGAAAGGGCUUGGGAAAAUGAUGAAAUUGAAGAACAACUUUGGUGGAUUGUUGAAUCAGGUGACUGGUCUCCUCGGUGUUGGUAGUGAAUUUGGUGAGGAUGCAAUCCUAGGAAGGCUCGAGGGAAUGAAAGAGAUUAUUGAGAAAGUUAACAAGCAGUUCAAGGAUCCAGACUUGACAACAUUUGUCUGUGUUUGCAUUCCGGAAUUCUUGUCACUGUAUGAAACUGAAAGGCUUGUGCAGGAACUCACUAAAUUUGACAUUGACACACAUAAUAUCAUUAUUAACCAAGUCAUAUUCGACGAAGAAGUAGUGGAGUCAAAGUUGCUCAAGGCGAGAAUGCGAAUGCAACAAAAAUACUUAAAUCAGUUCUACAUGUUAUAUGAUGACUUCAACAUUACUAAAUUGCCUUUGCUGCCAGAAGAGGUUUGUGGUGUUCAGGCUUUGAAGGACUUUUCACACAAUUUUACAACUCCAUACCAGCCUUCUCUGGUUCGAGGCUCAGUUGAAGAGUUGAAGCAGAGGGUAUCUGUACUAAGGAAACAAUUGGAAGAUGCUGAAGCAGAACUAGAAAUACUUAGAAAAGGAAAACAGAGGGCUUGACUCCUUUGCUUUAAUUUGAACUUUUUAAUGCAGUUUUGGGGUUAGGACGCCACCCUCUCUUAAGUAUGGAAAGAACUUUAGUAUCUAUUUGGUUCGAUUGAACUUAAGAGUAUAAGUGGACCUAGAUCUAGUGGAUAAUCUAGGUGAUUGCAACCAAGAUUGCUUAGAUGAAAACCAGAAUAUAGAAGACAACCUCUUAAAUCCUCGAUUAUUAGGAGGUUCUUCUAAUUUUGACUUUCGAGGGUUCUUUGUGUUGAUCCUCCGGUUCACUUGUAAGUUGUAGCAUCCCAUGCGAGCAUGUCCAGAUUUGAAAAUUUCUAUGUUCAUCCCGAACAAAACAAAGCAUUAUUUGAUAAGUUGUUCAAGUUAUGGUACUGUGUAUUUCUUCACUCGUGUUAGUGUGCUUGUAUGAUGUGAGAACUAAUUAAAUGCAGUUAUUUAGAGAAUGGGACACGUUCAGUUA